GUGAGCGAUCAGCACAUGUUUUGGUAUUUUGACAUAUUUGACACAGGAUAGUGGUCGGAAAUUACGAUGACCCAACCCUAACCUUAAAAAACUACUUUACGCUCUGAAUCUGAGUUUAGCUAGCACCCCCCCACUUACCGUCGCUUCACCCAGUAAUGGCGAAUUCCGAUUUCGCUCCUGCCAUCUGUAUUCUUGCAGCUUUUUUCUUCGCCGCAUCCACCAUCGCCAGCUCCGACGCCCCCUUUAUCGUGGCCCAUAAGAAGGCCUCCCUCACCAGGCUCAAGUCCGGCUCCGAGCGUGUCUCCGUUUCCAUUGACAUCUACAAUCAAGGAUACUCGACUGCUUAUGAUGUAACACUUAACGAUGAUAGCUGGUCUCAGGAUGUCUUUGACAUUGUCUCUGGAAAUACUUCAGUGUCAUGGGAAAGGCUUGACGCUGGGACUGUUCUUUCACAUUCCUUUGAGUUGGAGGCAAAAACAAGAACUGUCUUUUAUGGAGCUCCGGCAGUUAUUACAUUCCGUGUUCCUACAAAAGCUGCCUUACAGGAGGCAUACUCAACUCCAAUCCUGCCUCUCGAUGUUCUAGCAGAUAGGCCUCCUGAGAAAAAGUUUGAUUGGGCUAAGAGACUCUUGGCAAAAUACGGAUCUCUUGUUUCAGUGAUAUCUAUUGUGGUUUUGUUUGUGUACCUGGUCUCAACACCGUCAAAAUCGAGUGCAUCAAAGGCAAGCAAGAAGAAGCGCUAAACAGGAGAUGCAAUUGAUUAAUGUGGAAUUGAAUUUCCUUUGCAUUGUAAACGCAUCCUGGGUGACCACCCUCUCUUCUUAUCCCGUGUCGUUGUUACAGCCAUAGAUGUUAUUUCUGUCGGUACAAUUUUACACUUGUAGAGAGCUAAACAGUAGACAUUAGACAUGAGAUAGCUUGACUGUCUGCCGGCAUCUUUUGAAUCCAGGAAUCUUUACCCUUUGCAGCUUACAUAAAAUUUUUGCAUCCGUAACUUAA